AUGACUUCCACACGUUGUGCUGUUUGCAAGUAUUUCAGAAGAAGAUGUCCUUCCGAUUGUAUUUUCUCACCUUAUUUUCCUCCCAAUAAUCCUCAAAGAUUCACUUGCGUUCAUAGAAUCUAUGGUGCUAGCAACAUUGGGAAGAUGCUUGAGGAAUUACCCGUGGAAGAUCGAGCAACUGCGGUUGAGACGUUGUACUAUGAAGCUAAGUGUAGAAUACAAGAUCCAGUGUACGGGUGUGUAGGAUUAAUUCCAUGGUUGCAACAAGAAUUAAAUAUCGCACAAAGCCAAUUAGCAAAAAUUCGAGCCGAAAUUGCUUUUCAUUAUGCUAAUGCUGCAAUAGUUGAGCCCAUACUGGGCUCGACUGAGCAGUCACUUCAACAACAUGGUGUUGAUCAUGGUCUAGAUGACCAUUCUUAUUCUUGGUUUUGGUAGUUAACACUUGUUUAAGUUUUGAGCUUUCGAAUUUAAAUUAAUAACAAUGUUGUUUUAUGUGAUUAUUUGUUACAACUCAAAAAGUUUGUAUGAUUAUUAAACAAAACAAAAUUUCUAAACAAAACGAUGCAUGGUUUUACACAAUGUGUAAAAACCAAAAGAUUUGUUUAGCAUUC